AUGCGCAUUGCGCUCAAACACUUCUUAUUUAAAGUCAACGAGGUCGACUCCGACUUAUGUGAUUGUCUCGAGGGGUCGCAAACACCACAGAAUAUCCUGCUACGAUACCCGCGAUUUGUGGAUGAACGCAAAGACAUUAUGGGUAAGAUCUGUGCACGGCCAGAUCUCAGUGCGAAUUUGCCCGAUUAUGAGGCACUUGUGUCUCACCCGCAUGCGACUCGCUACGUCGUAUAA